AUGUGGGCGGGACUUGAGCGCCCCGUUGGAGCGCGAGCCUCUCGAGCAUUCGCAGUGAUCAUCUGGCCGAGAGACCAGACGAGACCGAUGUCAGAUGGGUGGUGGGAUGAAUGUAUCACAGGUCUGGCUCCAGAGGAGGUUGCGCGUGAUUUUCGAUCUGUAGGAGAGGGCUUAGAAGGUGCUGGAACAAACGAGGAUAAGGUUGAUGCGGGUGAAAUAAUUUCCAGCUGGGGGCGCCAUCAGCAACGGGGCACUAACGUUGCGACAAAUUCCUGGGUUACCUACAUCGGACUCAUCUACCAAAUCGAUAUUCAGCGUCCACCUAAACAACGCUAUGAACAACACUAUGGUUAUCGCGUCAACCGAAAAUACAUGCUCUACCUCGAGAGUAAAAUCAAAACCGAUCCCAACGCUUUCUAUAAUUCCAUGUCGUUGUAUUGCAUUGACCCAGAGCGGCACGACGAGGUAGAGUGUGACGAAGAUCUGCAUCGUUUUGAAGAGGACGAAGAGGACGAGUUUGUCAUCUUGGUCCUCUCUGUUUGUUCAGGCUAG